AUGCAAUCGUCCAACAAUAGGCCAUCGCCCUCCAAACGGCAAAGAAUGGAGACUUCUUCACACGAUGGAGAGACACAAAGUGAAGACGAUUGGUCGAUGUUUCGCCUUUUCCAGGAGCUCCUUUUGAAUGGCACUACGCCACAAACACCACAAGAUAUGCCAAUGCAAAUCAACCCAUCAUCGCUUCCAAAAUCGCUGCUUCAAUCAGGCCAGCUUCGGAACAACAUUUCUAAAUGGAGCACCAUCUUUGUAAACCAUGGUUUUCGAACUUCCCUCAUUUCAUCUCCACGUCAAGGAAUCUCCGUGUACAAGGAUUCCUUUGCUCUCGAAGACGUCAACAAGACGGAUAUGAAUGGUGACAGCUCUACCGUCGGAAGAAUAUUCCUGGUUGCCAUGUUUGCUCUUCAUCCACAUCAAGAAGAGAUGGAGAAAGUGUAUAAAAUGUAUCUUCGAAACCUCUACAGUUUGUUCUUGUUCUGUCAACGUAUGCGACAAGUCUCUCGCAAAGAUGGAGAUCAACUCGAAGAGAUAGUUCGUGAAGAAGAAAAGUUGCUUUGUGGGCUUCUACUCUUAUCUAAAAAACCUACUUGUACUCGCGAGGGCAUCGAAGAUGAAAGGCGAAAGCGUAUGGAGGAAAUAUCAGCGUCCAUACCUUCCAGAAUCCCAACCUUUCUUCAAGAAAUACACAACGCCCAUCCACAGCAACACCGGAUCGAAGUUCUUGAACAUGAAUAUCAACGGAUCUGUUCUAGGACAUCGACGCUAUCCAAUGCAUUGGUCACACUUUUUCAAUCCCAACACCAGUCUUCCAUUGACAAUAUGGUCUUCAAGGCAAGCCCUUCUGUCAGCAAAUAUGAACGUAUUGCCAUAUAUCUUUAUGAUGCAGAACUUGACCACAAGAAACCGCCACAUUUCUUGUUCCUUCCAAGCUUACACGUGGCCUUGACGAAAGGCCCCGGUACAAUUGUCGAAACGAUGAUGGACUUCUUUUGGUCUCAGAUGCUGAACCAAGGCUAUUAUGCAACAUUAGCCCUGAAACGAAUGCUUCACAAUGACUUGGCCAAUUUCUUUCGUUCUGGACUGACUGGAAGCAUUUCCCUGCCUCUAUUACAAAUGCAUGCCCACUUUGCUCCCACUGCUCCCCUUUCGCUUUACUUGUACGGUAAGGCUGGUUCCGGCAAAUCUUCUUUAGUCCGCAACUUUCCUUCGGCCUUGGAGGCAACCAUCGAAAGGUUUGCAGACUCAGAAAUGUUGGUCCGGUUUGUCAAACAAAAUCUGAACAAGAAACACGAAACACUCGAGUUGGAGCUAGAGCUACGACCAAACAACAAUGACCUUUCUGUGAUGAGCAUCAUUCAAGGUAGACGGAUGACAAUGGGACAAAGUAAACCUGGUCUGGUAGUUGUCAAUCUAGAAGAAAUGCCCAACAAUGAACCGGCAGCAGAUCCGAAUCAGUUGCAAGUCGCCAAACUGAUUAGCCAACGAUUUGGAGGACGGACAGGAGAUUACAACAAGCAAUCGAAGGUGCCGAGAAAUUCUGAAAAGCGAGGUAUUCAAAAUGAUGCUUCUCUGGUGACGCUAUUUACCUCCAACUAUAUUCUGGAUCCAGAAUGUCUGGAAGCCAUGAAGCGUCUGCCCUUGUUCAAUAAUCUUUCAGCUCAUGAAAUAGUGGCGGUCUCAGGUGCCGAUCGAAUGGCGUUUGCCCAAGCCUACCUUCAGAAUUGUGUCAAUAAUCAUAUUACCGACCGAAAGGUGACUACUUGCAUCGAGGGGACGAUGCAGAUAAAUGCAGGUGACACCAGACCCAUAGUAAGGCACUUGCGGAUGCUUGCAGCAUAUAUUGGCGAAUUGGUGCCAGUCGCAUCAAUAGAUUGUAACGGCAGUAUUCAGGCAAUGGUCAAGCACGUAGACUCUCGAUGGCGUGUGCAAGUGGGAACACAAUCACUGGAACUUCAGGUCGGUCCAAACUUGAACUUGUACCCGACAAACGAAGCAUUGUUUGAGUUCAAGCGUUGUAAAAGCGUCAACCUACUUCGGCAGAAAUAUGGUACGAUUCUAGGAGAAAAGGAGCUGCACAUUAUUCUCAACUUUUGGCUAUCAAAGACUUUGGCGCCUGCGGUGAUUGUCUCAAACAAGCACGGUAUCAUCAAUAGAGUUUUAGGUGCAGUUCGUGAGCUCAAAGGUGUGACAUGUUUCACCGGUGUGGACUCCUCAAAGUACAAGAUGACGAAGAGCCUCUACGAUCCUAGAGAUACACCAAAUCUUCGUGACGAUAUUUUAAAGGUUGGCCGUGGUGCCACCGUGGCCGUUGAGCUCAAUUGCCCUUCCUCUGACUCGCAACUGUGCAUUAGAGAAAUGAUCGAGGACAGCCCAUCCAUGACAGCGUUUUCUACAAGCAGAUCCGCAUUACACAAGGAAGGGUUGCUAUUUUUGAUUCACGUCACUGGCACAAUCACGCCCGAAGUCAAGUCUAGGGCGUCGAUCAUACUAUAG